CACCUUGUCUGGAGUACGGCGUGAAAUUCGAGACGCACAUUGUGGAGAAGUUUGGUGUGUCUUUUGGACUUGAGGGUGAGACGCUGAGUUUCGGCUGCUCUGUUAUCAUCUACCCAUCACUGCAGCGCUUCCAGCCUGAGAUAGAGUGGUACAGAGAUGAUAAACUGCUGGUGCCAUCAAAAUGGGUUCAGAUGCACUGGAGCGGCGACAGAGCAACGCUCACUCUCUCACACCUCAACAAAGAGGACGAAGGACUCUACACACUUCGCGUCAUCACCAAAUCUGGCUUUGAGACACAUUCAGCGUAUGUCUUUGUCAGAGAUGGUGAUGCGGAGGUUGCCGGCGCUCCUGGUGCUCCUUUAGAUGUUCAUAGUUUGGAUGCCAAUAAGGAUUAUGUGAUCAUUAGCUGGAAACAGCCUGCUGUCGAUGGAGGAAGUCCCAUUCUGGGCUACUUUGUUGACAGGUGUGAAGUUGGCAUGACACACUGGGCGCAAUGCAAUGACACUCCGGUGAAGUUUGCACGCUUCCCUGUAACUGGUCUCGUGGAAGGACGAAGCUAUGUGUUUCGAGUGCGUGCGGUGAACAAGGCAGGCAUGAGCCAUCCAUCUCGUGUGUCUGAACCAGUAGACGCUAUGGACCCCGCAGACCGCACAAGAAAAGGUACCUCUGCUCCUUGGACUGGACAAAUCAUUGUGACUGAGGAGGAGCCUGUGGAGGGAGUGGUUCCCGGCAGACCUUGUGAUCUCUCAGUCAUUGAGGCCACUAAAAACUAUGUGGUGUUGAGCUGGAAGCCUCCGGGCGACAAGGGCCAUGAAGGGGUUAUGUAUUACGUGGAGAAGAUCAAGGAUCUAAAGGAGGGGGAAUCGUAUGUUUUCCGUGUGCGCGCUCAGAACAAAGCUGGUGUAGGAAAAGCAUCAGAUCCAACAGAACCAGUUGAGGCAGUGACUAAACCAGUCAUCCCUCUGAAGACAGAGCUGGCCGUGGAGCUGCUGGAGAAGGGCAGAGUUCGCUUCUGGUUGCAGGCUGAAAAAAUCUCUGCCAAUGGAAAAGUUGAAUAUGUGUUCAAUGACAAUGUGGUCCACCAGGGAGAGAAAUACAAGAUGAACUUUGAUAAAAAUACUGGCACCAUUGAGAUGUUCAUGGAGUCUCUGGCCAAAGAGGACGAGGGAACGUUCACUUUCCAGCUUCAAGACG